AGAGAGAGAGAGAGAGAGAGAGAGAGAGAGAGAAGCUGCGGAGACGGGAGCAACGCACCGAGGAAGCGAGACGAGCCGAGUUUGUCGUCGCAUCGUCCCCCGGCCUCCCCCCGUCGACGAGGCGGUCCCGAGCGGACGAGACCGGGGUUCGUCAAGCAGAGAGGAAGACGAGCGGAGCAGCAGCCCUGAACACCGCCGAGGAGAAUUCAAUCCACGCAGAGGAUUCAGCGCUCGGACCGAACUCUGCCCCGCGGACGUGUCUGUUUUCCUCCUUUUCUUUUGUGACUCAUUCAUUGGAUCGGACAUUAAUCUUUUUCUGCCGGAGAUGUCAGACGUGCAGCUUUGUCUUCCUCAUGAGGACUUCCACCGCAGAGUUUGAGUGAAACCUCUCAUGAACACACUUUCUCUUUCUGUUUCUGUUUUGCACGCCGUCGUCAUCUCACGCUCUUUUCUUUUCCUGAUAUCAUUCGGUUUCUUGUAACCGAGAGAGAAGGAGGUUACAGACUGUAAGUUUCUCUCUCAUCUCAUCUCAUCUCAUCAGGGGACAAGUGUGUCUUCGUCCCUCUGCGAUACAUUCCUGCGUAUCUUCUGGGAAAAUGGGAUCAGAAAAGGACUCGGAGUCGCCUCACUCCUCCGUGAGCGGCGUCCCCAACCCUAAGUGCCGCGCGGCGGGCAAACGCCAGAGCCGCAUCUCCUUCCACAGCCUCUUCCACAGCAAGCGGGGCUCCCGCGGCUCCAGGGGCCCCAAAGGAGGCGCCGCCACCCCUUUGUCCCUUCAGCACCAGCCGAAUCCCACGCAACAGCAGCUGCUGCCUACUGCCUUGAUCCCUGCGUCCACUGCGCAUACGACCGCGACGACGGCGGCGACCACCAUCGCCUCAGCCGCCGCCGCGGCUGAGACCCCCGCGACCCCCGAGGACACCUCCUCCAGCCCCCCGCCAAAGCCGCUCUCCUCCAGCCAGCUGUCCCUGGGCGGAGCCGCAUCCUCCGGGGAGGCCGACUUGCUGGAGUGCCCCCUGUGCCUGGUGCGGCAGCCCGCAGAGCAGCUCCCCGAGCUGCUGGGCUGCGGCCACCGCUCCUGCCUCUGCUGCCUGCGGCAGUAUCUCCGCAUCGAGAUCACCGAGAGCCGCGUGCAGCUCAGCUGCCCCGAGUGCGCCGAGAGACUGUCCCCGCGGCAGGUAGCGGACAUCUUGGAUGACGCGGCCCUGUUGGACAAGUACGAGGAGUUCCUGCUGCGGAGGUGCCUCGCCUCCGACCCAGACUGCCGAUGGUGCCCUGCGCCGGACUGUGGGUUUGCCGUCAUCGCUUCGGGCUGCGCCAGCUGUCCCCGGCUGGUGUGUCGCCGAGAGGGAUGCGGCGCCGAGUUCUGCUACCACUGCAAGCAGGCCUGGCAUCCCAACCAGACCUGCGACUCGGCCCGCCAGCAGAGGGCCCAGUCGCUGCACACCCACAGCAACCACUCCCCCAGCUACAUACAGGAGCAGGGGCCCGCCGACGACAUCAAGCCGUGCCCUCGCUGCGGUGCCUACAUCAUCAAGAUGAACGACGGGAGCUGCAAUCACAUGACCUGCGCCGUCUGCGGCUGUGAGUUCUGCUGGCUGUGCAUGAAGGAGAUCUCCGACCUGCACUACCUCAGCCCAUCUGGCUGCACGUUCUGGGGGAAGAAGCCUUGGAGCAGGAAGAAGAAGAUUUUGUGGCAGCUGGGCACCUUGAUCGGAGCUCCAGUCGGCAUCACCCUCAUCGCCGGCAUCGCCGUUCCCGCCAUGGUCAUCGGCAUCCCCGUUUACGUCGGCCGUAAGAUCCACGCCCACUACGAGCUGAAGAAGGCGUCUCGUCACCGGAGGAACCUGGCCAUCACCGGAGGCGUGGCCCUGUCCAUCAUCACCGCCCCCGUCAUCGCCGCUGUCAGCGUUGGUAUCGGUGUGCCCAUCAUGCUGGCCUACGUGUACGGCGUGGUGCCCAUCUCUCUGUGUCGGGGAGGAGGCUGUGGUGUCAGCAGAGGGAAGGGACGAGGUGUACGCAUUGACUUCGAUGAAGACAACGGUCCCAUCACAGUGGCGGAUGCGUGGCGAGCCCUCAAGUCCCCGAGCCUCGGCGAGAGCAGUCUGGACGGGGCGCUCAGCGGUCUGAGCACCACCUCCCCCAGCGAGGGGCUCUCCGGGGCCCCGGGGACUCUGGGCGACGCGCACCAUUUUAACACAUUGGCAGGUGGCACCUUAGGAGCACGCAGCAGCAAGUACAGCAGGCUGGAGGGGCAGGCGGGGGAGCUGGCUAAAGACUCUGCCCAGAGGGAGACGGGCAGCCUGGGAGCAGGCAGCGACUGUGCCAGCACCCGAGGAAUGGCCGGAUCCAUCCUCUCGUCCUACACGCUGCCCGACAGGGAGUGCACCAACCUGGAGAUCCAGGUGGACAUUGAGACUAAACCCAGCCACUUCUGCCUGACCAGCGAAGAGGACCUCACCCCGCCUCCGUGCGCCGCUGCCAUGGCGACGGCUGCGGGAGUGGAGGAGCCCCAGGACUGCAGCUCCCGGCGGGGCGGGGCUCUGUCCGGGUCGGCGCUGGAACUGUCGCCGGGCGUGUCCAUCAGGGACGGGCUCAGAGACGUCACCCUGGCUCAGCCGGAGAGCAUCCGCAGCGACCUGGAGAUGUCGGACACCCAGUCGGACGACAUCGCCGAGCUGACGUCGGACGACUGUGACUCGCCUCGCCCGAAGAGCUGCCACCUGGCGGCUGGCCAGCGGCCCCCGUCCUGCCGAGCCCUGAGCGCCUCGGACGGCCUCCUCUGUCCCGCCGACAGUAACGUCAUCCUCUACGUCUGAGCUCUCUGCAGCUGCCAGAGCCGCGCACCAUAAGACAUUUCAUCUGAGCUCUUUGAUUCCUUGCAGUUAUUUUCCCUUCUUCAUUUCUCGUUUGCUGCUUUAGCGACUCACAGACGGCGUCUUAAACACGGACGGGGUUUGUUCACUUCUGUCCGUCCGUCUUAUCUAUCUGCCUGUCAAGCUCCUCGCUGAGUCAGGGUUCUACCUCUGAGACUUGUAAGAUGAUGAUUUAUGUUUACUCCUCGGUGCAGAACGCCUUGGCUACUUGAGCAAAAGAAAAGAAAGGAAAAAAAAGGUACAAAUUUUACACAAGAUAUAUAACGCGAUUCGGAAAUUAGGUGAAAAGUCCCCGGACAAAGAGGAGCGAACGUUUGCCUGUGACGGGACGUUACUAACGGUGUGUGAAUGAAUGUGACCUUUGUACUCUUCUAUUGUGGCUUCACUUUCUUCUCCCCCACUAUUUACAUUGAGACGACCUGGAAGUUGUGUUAUUUGCUGCAGUAUUUGUGUCUGCGUGAGCUAUGCCUUGUUAAAAAGGGGCGGUGAGCUUCUGUAACAAUGGUACAGGUUUACUUUAUGACAAAGCUACACUUGAAUCUCACUUUCCCUGCACAAAGGAGGAGUUUCGAUUUACAGAAAUAUGACUGAGCUGUGACAACGAUGAGACGAAGCCAGAAUGCGUCACGUUGAAAUGCUCUGUUUUAUCAAGCAGUGAGUAAUAAUAUCAUAUAUUCCAAAGAUAAACUGUAAUAAUAUCAUUCAUGAAAAAAAGGAACCAGUCAUAAUCCAACGUAUAAUGGGAAGAAGCACCAAAUCCAUUUUAAAUCAAUUGGCUUGAAAAAUAAUAAAUAUGGAAAUAAGUAAUCAGUCGAUUACUCAUAGUCAUUUAAUUCUUUCAGUCACAACCAAGUAAUUUGUAAAAAGCUGGAUCUGCCUUGUGAACAGCUGUCUCAACUCUACCUGGCUCUGUGUGUGUGUGUUUGUGUGUGUGUGUGUGUGCGUGUGUGCGCGUACAUAAUUGUCACCCGUGUGUCCUGACCGGACCGCUGUCUGACAGUCGGCUGCCUUAUAGACACUCACUGACCAACACAACACACAACAACAGGACCAGUCCGGCUUACUUGAACGCUGUGCGUGUGUGUGUGUGUUUGUGUGUGUAAAUGAACUAACGGACUCCUGAUGAAUGUAUUUGUUUUUUUGAGCACUUGAGCACUUUAUCUGGAAUUUUUUUUGCUGUUUGUUAUCUUUUACUACAAGUGACUUCAGUUGCAAACAAAAGUCUGUGGUACAACCAAAAUAAGUCACCUACCCGAGGGCCUUUAUGUUGGAUGUAACUAGAGGAGAGUUUGCCUCUAAAGGUUUUGAUAUUGCCACAAAUCCUUCCUUCGUUACCUUAAAGCGUCCGCGUGUUUGCAUCGGGGCUGUAGAUUGCAGCCGACUGAAACGUGUCCCCGCUCACUGGGCCCAUCAAGAGCCAGUGUUUAGUUUGUCUGUUCUGGGCUACCGUAGAAACAUGGCCGACUUUGAGAAGAGGAUCCGCAACUUUUAUAUCGAUAGUCUUAUUCAAAGUUACCACCAACACAACCACUCUUAUUCUCAAAUGAUUGUACAUGACUGGGAACCAUUUCUGCCAGUAACCCCCCCCCAAAAAGAUACAUACUGGCCCUUUAAACAUAAUGAGCAUCCCAGUGUUUUUAUUUAUGAUCCAAGGAAUGUUUGUAUCUUUUUCUAAGGUUCAUCAUCCUUUGGAGCCAAAAACUUCAAAUAUUAAUGCAGAUAAACUCUCCUAAUCCUACCCACCAUCUUUCUUCACUUUAUCACCUCUAUGCUUCAGUUUAAACCGGUUUCCACCAGGUUUCUUUCAUCUGCAGGGGAAUCGACUCGGGAACCUUCUUCACGUCGAGCUGCUCCUGUAGUGUUUUGUUUGGUCUGAACUAUCGUUUCAGCCUGUGGGAAGAAAAAAAACACAAAUGUAAGCGGACGGAAACAACUUCCUGAUGAGUGUUAAUGGAAACUUCCCAUUCAGUACACAGGCGGUCCCGUACUUAUAAGAGGUUUUUGAGUAUAGGGAGAGCAAUAUGUAAGUGUUAUGGUAUUGUUUGUGUAUUUCCUGUCACUGUUGAAGCCCUGUCCUGUGUAAGGGUCGUACAUGCAGGACUGUGAAAGACAACUUGUGUACCUUUUAGGGAAAUAAAUAAACACAAUCUGAUAUUGCACCAAA